UGGUGUGUACUGCUUUUCGCGAUUGCUUCGUUCAUUCGUCAUUCGUGCAAAAGAAAUUUCAGCCAGCGGGAGUGUCUUACAUGUAUAGAAAAGGAAAAAAUAAAAUACAUAAGUCGUAAUUUGGGAUACUUCUCUAUUGGAGCAUAAAAUUAUAUGUUUGGAGCUUGAUUCAAUAUUUGGUUGACAAACAAUACAACAGGUUUCUGGAAAAUAUAGCCAAGAUCACAAUGGCCACGUCAUUCUCCAAUUUUUCCUAUCAACGAUUCAUGCGUAACAUGGGGCAAAAAUUAGAACCAAGUGUACGGUAUCAUCUGUCGAAAGUAUAUGCUUGCCUGACAGCAACAUGCGCAGCAGCUACCUUUGGAUCUAUGGUACACCUAAGUGGAAUUUGGGAAGCAGGCAUGAUCAGCGCACUCAUAACAUUUGGAUUGGUGCUAGGACUUAUUUUCACACCCGACAAUGGUAAAAACUUCGGUAUGCGUCUUGCAAUGCUACUUGGAUUUGGUGCUUUUUCCGGGCACUCGUUGGGAAUCUUGCUUGAACAGGUUAUUCGCAUAAACCCGGCCAUUGUUGUGACAGCUCUUGUCGGAACCACUACCAUAUUCACAUGUCUGAGUGCCGCCGCACUGUUGGCGAAACGCGGUAGUUAUCUGUUCCUUGGCGGAAUCCUUAUGAGCACUUUAAGCGCAAUGGCUCUGAUCAGUCUGGGAAAUUUAAUGUUCCGAUCAUACUUCGUACAGGAGAUUAAUUUGUACGUUGGAUUUGCUGUAAUGUCCGGAUUUGUGCUUUUCGAUACUCAAAUGAUCAUGGAAAAGCAUCGCAUGGGAAGCAACGAUUGUAUUGCUCACUCGCUGGAUUUGUUCUACGAUGUCAUCAGCAUUUUCCGCCGCCUGUUGAUAAUACUUACACAGAAAGAACAGAACAACGAACGUAAGAAGAAGAACAACAGCAACUAAAAUUUGGAAUUCAGGCGUUGGUAAAUUUUUAUACUAGGUAGCACUACUACCACAACUGUACUCGUUGUGUCACACGUUUUGUACUGACAACUUGGCAUACAAUUCACAUUAAAAACCCUGUUUAUGUGAUAAAUAAAUCACGAACUACGAAGUGUAAUAAGUGGGAAAGGGUCGUCGUUGAAAGAACAUUAUGUAAAUUUUUUAAUAAUUGGGUGUACUGUCGAGUCACAAUUUAUUCAAUUCACAAUUCGCUGAUAAAUUUGUGAAUUCGCCAAUCAUAUUUCACACUAGAUAUUGUUACUGGGAAUGUUGUGCAGCAUAGAUAACCAUCACCAGAACUAUAAACACAGCUGGUUAAUGCGUAGAACGAACAUCUAAUAUUUAUUGUUCCAGAAAUAAAAUAAAUAUUUUCGGGAAUCCCAUA